UGGAAAACAGUACGCAUGUCACAAGACGGUGCUUGCCCAGGAGACUUCAUGCUUCCGAAUGUAAACUGUCCUCCUGUGAAGCUGGGGCAAGAAUUCCCCGGAGUAGCUUUCCGAGGUCACCACCUCUCUCUUCCAAAACUGAUGGAGAUAACGAGCUCUUCCCAUGCAAGUCAUGGCAACCAUAAAGAAAACAGUCCUUUCCUGAACAGUUCAGAAGCUGUCAAGGGAGGUGAUUACUAUGACAGAAAUCUGGCCUUGUUUGAGGAAGAACUUGAUAUACGACCAAAAGUGUCAUCUCUGCUUGGCAAGUUGGUCAACUACACAAAUCUUACCCAAGGUGUUAAGGAACAUGAAGAAGCAGAAAGCACUGAUGGCUCGAAGAAGAAAGUAUCAAAAUCACCCAGCAUGGGCACCCUGAUGGGGGUGUAUUUACCAUGCAUGCAGAAUAUCUUCGGGGUUAUUCUCUUCCUUCGGCUGACUUGGAUGGUAGGAAUGGCUGGAGUUCUUCAGUCCUUCCUGAUUGUAUUACUUUGCUGCUGUUGUACUAUGCUGACAACCAUAUCAAUGAGUGCUAUUGCCACAAAUGGUGUUGUUCCAGCUGGUGGCUCCUAUUUCAUGAUAUCCAGGUCAUUAGGCCCAGAGUUUGGUGGAGCUGUAGGAUUAUGCUUUUAUUUGGGAACAACGUUUGCAGGAGCAAUGUAUAUCCUUGGUGCCAUUGAGAUUUUAUUGACAUAUAUUGUGCCACAAGCAGCAAUUUUUCAUCCAUCCGGUGCCCAUGAUGCAUCCAGUGCUAUGCUAAACAACAUGAGGGUGUACGGCACUGUAUUCCUCAUCCUAAUGGCAGUGGUGGUCUUUGUAGGUGUGAAAUAUGUUAACAAAUUUGCUUCCCUCUUCUUGGCCUGCGUAGUAAUAUCUAUACUGUCCAUUUAUGCUGGAGCUAUCAAGUCCAUCUUUGAUCCACCUGAAUUUCCGAUUUGCAUGUUGGGCAACAGGACUUUGUCAAGAGAUCAGUUUGAUGUUUGUGCCAAAACCAUAGUUAAGGAUAACAUUACUGUGGCUUCGAAGCUUUGGGAGCUCUUCUGCCACAGUACAAACUUAACCACUGAGAACUGUGAUGAAUAUUUCCUAAUGAACAAUGUCUCUGAGAUAGCAGGAAUUCCGGGAGCUGCUAGUGGCAUUUUAAAAGACAACUUGUGGAGCAAUUAUAUGGAGAAAGGAGAGAUACUGGAGAAAGCACAUCACCCAUCUGUUGAUGUAGCAGGCCUAAAGAACAACCUCCAUCUAUACGUGCUUUCAGAUAUAGCCACUUCAUUCAUGGUGCUGGUUGGCAUCUUCUUCCCUUCAGUGACCGGUAUCAUGGCUGGUUCAAACAGAUCAGGUGACCUCAAAGAUGCACAGAAAUCCAUUCCUGUUGGAACAAUUCUUGCGAUUGUCACGACAUCACUAGUCUACUUCAGUUGUGUAUUAUUAUUUGGAGCCUGCAUAGAAGGUGUGGUCCUGAGAGAUAAAAAUACUUGGAAGAUAUGCUUAAUGUUUCUCUUUCUUCAGGUUUUUGGUCAUGGAAAAGCAAAUGGUGAACCGACAUGGGCUCUUCUUUUAACAGCAUUAAUUGCUGAGCUGGGAAUCCUUAUUGCUUCACUUGACAUGGUGGCUCCAAUUCUUUCAAUGUUUUUCUUGAUGUGUUACCUCUUUGUUAAUCUAGCCUGUGCAGUACAAACACUUCUUAGAACUCCAAACUGGCGGCCCCGAUUUAAAUACUAUCACUGGGCCCUCUCGUUUUUAGGCAUGAGUAUUUGCCUGGCACUGAUGUUCAUUUCAUCUUGGUAUUAUGCUUUGGUAGCUAUGCUUAUUGCAGGCAUGAUUUACAAGUACAUUGAAUACCAAGGUGCGGAGAAGGAAUGGGGUGAUGGUAUCCGAGGUCUUUCACUCAGCGCAGCAAGAUACGCCUUGCUCAGGCUGGAGGAGGGCCCUCCACACACAAAGAACUGGAGGCCUCAGUUGCUGGUGCUUCUGAAACUUGAUGAAGAUUUGCAUGUAAAAUACCCUAGAUUGUUAACAUUUGCAUCCCAGCUGAAAGCUGGCAAAGGUUUGACUAUCAUAGGAUCGGUGAUCCAAGGAAAUUUCUUGGAAACUUAUGGAGAAGCCCAGGCUGCUGAACAGACUAUUAAGAAUAUGAUGGACAUUGAGAAGGUGAAAGGAUUUUGUCAAGUAGUUGUAGCCAAUAAGGUUCGAGAAGGAAUUGCCCACUUGAUCCAGUCCUGUGGACUGGGUGGCAUGAAACAUAAUACUGUGGUUUUGGGAUGGCCGUAUGGCUGGAGACAGAGUGAAGAUCCAAGGUCAUGGAAGACCUUUAUAGGUACUGUUCGCUGCACAACUGCAGCCCAUCUGGCUCUGCUGGUUCCCAAAAAUGUGUCUUUCUACCCCAGCAACCAUGAGCGUUACAAUGAAGGCAACAUUGAUGUGUGGUGGAUUGUGCAUGAUGGAGGCAUGUUGAUGUUGCUUCCUUUUCUUCUCAAACAGCACAAAGUUUGGAGAAAAUGCAAAAUGAGAAUUUUUACUGUAGCUCAGAUGGAUGAUAACAGCAUCCAGAUGAAGAAGGACUUAGCUACUUUCCUCUAUCAACUCCGAAUAGAGGCAGAGGUGGAAGUGGUAGAAAUGCACAAUAGUGAUAUCUCAGCAUAUACUUACGAGAGAACUCUUAUGAUGGAGCAGAGAUCUCAGAUGCUGAGGCAAAUGAGACUGACAAAAACAGAGAGGGAAAGGGAGGCUCAGCUGGUAAAGGACAGACAUUCAAUAGCACGUCUGGAGAGCCUCUACUCAGAUGAAGAAGAUGAGGGGGACCCAGUUCCUGAGAACAUCCAGAUGACCUGGACAAAAGAGAAAUGCGACGCUGAGAAGCGGAACCGAGGCAGUGCUGUGGGAAGCUUUAGAGAUCUCAUCAGCAUUAAGCCGAACCAGUCCAAUGUCCGAAGAAUGCACACAGCAGUGAAGCUAAAUGAAGUGAUUGUAAAUAGAUCCCAUGAUGCCAGACUUGUUCUCCUCAAUAUGCCUGGUCCUCCAAAGAAUACAGAUGGUGAUGAAAACUACAUGGAGUUUCUUGAAGUCCUGACUGAGGGUCUGGAGAGAGUAUUGCUUGUUAGAGGAGGCGGCCGAGAAGUCAUCACAAUUUACUCCUGAUUUAGUACAAGCUUCUAAUGCUGGUCUACAUUUACCUUCUUGGCGAUAACGGACAUUCCAGUUUUAAAUGGAGAAGAAAAAAAGGUGUUUUGCCUAACUUUCUCCUCAUCCAGUCCUAUUCGUUGUCUUUCCAUUUGCAACAUACAUAUCUUUUGAGAUUUGCAGUAUUGUUACACCCUCCAAUUAGCAACAUAAGUUAAUUGUGAAGUUGCCACAUUAUUCAGUUUCUGCUUUGGUACUUCAGCAUUUGUGCAUGUAGUUUUAACACUAAACCUAUUUUUAGUCAGCACUGCGUUGUGCAGUAUUUUUAGUAACUGUAUGUAAAGUUAGGACAUGAAAGCCAGUUACUGUAAAAAGAUUUUAAAAGCUUUUUAUAUUAGGUUUGGGGGAUAGAAUUACAUUAUAUAGCAGCUAGUUUCUGCUGAAGUUCAGCUAUAAAGCAUUUUCUAAGAGCACACUAAAUUGUAAGAGAGGACUGAAAAAAGCUUUGUUUUUCUGGGUUUAUUUCCAGAACUAAACUCUCAGUAUUGGAUAAGAAUUUAUACUUUUAAUACAUUUAUUGAUAGAGAUUUAAAUAAAUUAUGUUGAUAUAGUUGAAAUUAUGUAUGUAGCUUGCUACAAAUUGUGUUGCUUCUGAGACUGGAGGUUCUGUGAGGCCAGAUCCCUAUUUAUUUUUGUAUUUAUUUGUCAGAAAUAUUGGAUACGCUGAUGCAGACUGUUUAGGGUAACAAAGAUCUCACAAUAAAUUUUGACUCAUCAGUGCAUUGAAGGACCAGUCCUGUGCAGUUUUUCCAUGCUUUAAAUUUCUUGCAGACCAUCCAUCAAAGUACAUUGAGCAUGUUGGAGUCCCGUGUGUAGAGCCAGGUGCUACGCUGCACGCACAGCGAUGGGAUUGCACUUGCGCAAGUACAGGGGACCUGCUGCUUCAUUGUAUGCUUUAUGCCCUUAGAGGAAAAAGAAGACAAGAAGACCUAUAUUAACCAAUAAGUCUCUGGAGAUUUUAUCAAGCCCAUUAAGUUGUACUUUAUGUACAGAACAUUCGUAUUUUUUCAAUAAAAUGUUGCAUACACUUUGAAACUA